AUGCUCCCCUCUCAGAUUAAUAGCUCGCCCAAGCGUGCCAAUCCCUUCGGUCGUGCAUCUCCCUCGCCCUCGCCAUCCUCAAGUCCACAGACGAAAGCGCGUCCAAAGUCAGCCGUCAUCGCCUCUGCGGGGAAAUUCGAAGAACCCAAAGUCCAUGCUCGAAACUCGUCCUCCAUCUCCCACUCCUCUCUCGCGCCCUUCUCUCGAAAUGCGAACCGGGAAAGGUCGAACUCUCUGAAAAAUGAUGUGGCAUCUGGCACAUUCGCGCCGGAAUUCAUCAAAACGGAGGAUGUACGUCGAGGCGCGGACCAAAUUCGGGGACAAGAAGGUGACAAUGACUUCUCGGGGAAUAAAUACGUCUGGCUACGUGAUGCCGAGAAGGCCUUCGUCAAAGGGCUUGUCCUAGAGGAGCAGAAUGGGGGUCGGUUACUAGUACAAACAGACGAUGGACAGCGGGAGGUGGACGUUGACCAAGUUGACCGGGUCAAUCCUGCGAAGUUUGAUAAAGCGGAUGAUAUGGCUGAGCUCACACACCUGAACGAAGCUUCGGUGGUACAUAAUCUGCACACACGAUACCAGGCAGAUCUAAUAUAUACCUACUCGGGACUAUUCUUAGUUACGGUUAAUCCUUACUGCCCGUUACCUAUAUACUCCAAUGAGUACAUCAAGAUGUACAAGGGACAAAGCCGAGAAGAGACUCGGCCGCACAUUUUUGCCAUGGCCGAUGAAGCAUUUCGAAAUCUAGUAGAGGAGGGUGAGAACCAGAGUAUUCUAGUGACGGGAGAAUCUGGAGCAGGCAAAACGGAAAAUACGAAGAAGGUCAUCCAAUACCUCGCAGCUGUUGCGACUUCAGAUAAUAUGUACUCCCGCUCUGGCGCCAAGCAGAUGAACACUCUUUCGCAGCAGAUUUUGAGAGCCAAUCCAAUUCUCGAAGCCUUUGGUAAUUCUCAAACGGUCAGAAACAAUAACUCGUCACGUUUUGGCAAGUUCAUCCGAAUCGAGUUCGCUCGGUCUGGUCAAAUAUCUGGGGCUUUCAUCGACUGGUAUCUCCUCGAGAAAUCCCGUGUGGUGAAGCCCAAUUUGCAAGAAAGAAAUUAUCACAUUUUUUACCAAUUGCUCAAGGGUGCCGAUCCUAAAUUGAGGCAGAAUCUACUGCUCUCGAAGCUAGGGAUUGAGGACUUUGCGUACACCAGAGAUGGAAACGAUACAAUUGCUGGCGUAUCAGAUGAAGCAGAAUGGACUUCUUUGCUUGAGGCUUUUCAUGUCAUGAAUUUUUCGGAAGAAGAUCAGGUGUCCAUCUUUCGCACAGUCGCAGCUGUUCUCCACCUAGGAAACAUCAGCAUCAUGAAAGAAAGUCUACGGGCUGACCAAGCCGCCCUUGGCCGCGACGCUCUUGGCAGUGUCGAAAAGGCAUGUCAACUUCUGGGAAUCGAGACCGAACCUUUUGUCAAGGGACUAUUACAUCCCAGGGUGAAGGCCGGCCGCGAGUGGGUAGAAAAGGUCCAAACUCCAGAGCAAGUUCGGCUAGCAUUGGAUGCCCUAGCAAAGGGAAUCUACGAGAGAGGGUUCGGCGAUCUGGUUAACCGCAUCAACAGCCGGCUCGAUAGAAACACCGUCACUGGUGAAGACAACUACUUCAUUGGAGUGCUCGAUAUCGCCGGUUUCGAAAUCUUUCAGAACAACAGCUUCGAGCAGCUAUGCAUCAACUACACCAAUGAAAAACUCCAGCAGUUUUUCAAUCACCAUAUGUUCGUUUUAGAGCAGGAAGAAUAUGCACGGGAGCAAAUCGAGUGGCAAUUCAUCGACUUCGGUAAAGACUUGCAGCCAACAAUCGAUCUCAUCGAAGUGACAAAUCCUAUUGGCGUCUUUUCGUGCUUGGAUGAGGACUGUGUUAUGCCCAAGGCCACAGACAAAUCGUUCACCGAGAAGCUUCAUUCACUGUGGGACACCAAGUCUGCAAAAUAUAGAGCCUCGCGCCUCCGUCAAGGCUUCGUUCUUACCCACUAUGCAGCUGAGGUGGAGUAUUCCACCGAAGGUUGGUUGGAAAAGAAUAAAGACCCCUUGAACGACAAUAUAACGAGAUUGCUCGCAUCUUCGCAGGACAGUCACGUUGCCGAUCUCUUCUCAGACUGCGGCAAUGGUGAUGAAGUCGACUAUCCCAAAAGCCGGGUGAAGAAAGGCUUAUUCCGUACAGUCGCUCAAAGACAUAAGGAACAAUUAUCGAGUUUAAUGAACCAACUCCACUCAACGCACCCCCAUUUUGUUCGCUGUAUUAUCCCGAACCACAAAAAACGUCCAAAAAUGUUGAAUGCGCCCUUGGUUCUUGACCAAUUGCGUUGCAAUGGUGUCCUCGAAGGUAUCAGGAUUGCACGUACUGGUUUCCCCAAUCGAUUAUCAUUCAACGAAUUCCGCCAGCGUUACGAGGUUCUUUGUCGAGAUAUGCCCAAAGCUUACAUGGACGGGCAGUCUGCUGCUCGAAUAAUGCUUCAGAAACUGGCCCUAGAUAAAGCGUGGUUCCGAGUCGGCCGCACGAAAGUGUUCUUCCGCGCCGGUGUUCUUGCAGAAUUGGAGGAGAAACGUGACGAACUCAUCCGCACGAUCAUGACUCGAUUCCAAUCUGUAGCUAGAGGGUUUGUGCAGCGCCGAAUCUCGAACAAGAGGUUGUAUCGUGCGGAAGCAACACGAAUCGUUCAGCACAAUUUCUGUGCCUACCUGGAUAUGAAGUCCAACCCUUGGUGGCGCUUAUUCUCAAGAAUGAAGCCUCUUCUCGGAGAAACACGUACUGCUCAUGAAGUCAAGAGAAGGGACGAUAGGAUUAAGCAGCUAGAGACGAAAAUGAAAACUGACCAUUCGGAACGUCAAAAGAUUGAAGAGGAGAGGCGCCGGGCAGAGAUAGAGAUGCAAAGGAUCCAACAAACCCUCGAGAGUGAGAGAUCCUUGGCUCUCGACAAAGAAGAGAUCUUCAGGAGGCUCCAAGUUCGCGAAGUUGAACUCAGCGAAAAGCUUGCAGGAGCCAUUGCGGAUCAAGAAAACCUCGAGGAUCAGCUGGACGAAUUGAUAUUGGCAAAGAAGAAGACCGAUGAAGAGCUCGACUUACGGAAAACACAACUCGAGCAGGCUGGAGAAAUCAUUCAGCGCCUCGAGGCUGAGAAGAACGAAAUGCAGCAAAGCUUAGAGGGGCUGGAGCGGAGGAUGGCUGACUCUCAAAGUAAUUCGUCUAAGGCGGAAAUUCAGAUUACAGAACUUGGCCAAGAGGUCAAGAUGCUACAAAGUCACCUCAGCUUGAAAGACCGCAAACUGCAGGAUUUGGAGGCGAAAUUGCUGAAAACAGACCAGGAUCUUGAUGUCAAGUUCGCAAAGGCAUCAAAAGAGCUGGACCAGUCGAAGAAGGAAGUCAAGGAACUUCUGGAUGAGAACCGCUCUAUUCGUCAGCAAAUCUCUGACCUCUCGAACACGUCCACCAGUUAUGAGGAAUUGCUCCGGCGUAAAGAAAGCGAACUGUCCGUCCUCCGGAACGACGCCAAAAAACACGCCGAGGACAAGAAGCAACUGGAUAUUGAAAAGUCUAGCCUUUCAACGCGCCACGACAAUAUGCAAAACAGACUACGGGAGCUUCAAGCUCAAGUUGAUGCCAUGAAAUCAGAGAAGGCUCAACUAGAACGCGAGGCUGUUGAUGUCCGAAAUCUUCUACAGGCAAAGAUGUCCGAGGAUGCAGAGGCCGGAGAGAGUCGCAAGCUACUUGAGCAGCAGACUCGGGACUUAAAGAACCAACUCUUUCAGGCACAGGCAGACCUCAGUAGAGAGAGACAGUCAAGAGAUGACGUCCAAAUGCUUGCGGAGCACAAUUUUGCGGAGUUAAAAGACAAGUAUGAGACAUUGAAUGAGGCGAAGAUCACCAUUGAAAAAGAGAUGUAUAUCCAACAAGACAGCCUUCGACGAGCUACAGAGGCUCGUGUCGCCGCCGAACAAUCCCGGAAAGAGCUUCAGACGGAACUCAUCAAGCUUCGCGAGCGGUUCACCAGUGUUGAAGAUGCUCGCCUGAGAGCUGAGGCUGAAAUGGAACAGAGUCUAGUGAAGCAAAACAAUCAGCGCCUAGACAGCAUCAGGAAAGAAUUCGACGAUACGGUGGCCCGUUUGGAAGAUGUAGAGUCGGAGAGGUCGCGCCUUGCAGGUCGAGAACAGCAAUUGAUGAACGCAAUCGCUGAAUCUGAAAACUUCCGUAUCCGCCAUGAUCAGCAUAAAGAACGCUUGGAGAGAGAAUUGGUUACCCUCAAGGGCCGGUUAACGGCCUCCGAAAACGACAAUCGUGCGCUCUUAACCAAAAUUCAGCAGAAGAACUUAGACAUCGCUAGGUCGACUUCAAAAGCCAGUGAAAACCAACGCCUACGUGUUACAACCCUCCAGAAAGAAAAGACAAAGCUCGAGGAAGACAACAAGGCACUUUCGCGUCAGCUAGGGGAUCUGCAACUCUCCGUAACGUCAUUGGAGAAGCAGAAAGAGAAACUUUCCCUGAACGUGGAGGACCUAAACCACGAAGUCAACAGAGAACACAAGACUAGCCGAAAUGCUGAAAAAGCUGCCUCCACAGCCUCUAUUCAGCUCGCGGAAGCAAACCGAAACUUGGAGACCGAGAGGCAACUCAGGACACAGGCACAAGCGAAUACGCGAAAGCUGCAAAGCUCGCUAGACUCCGGAAAUAAGGAAAUCGAAAACUUGCACCGACAGCUCAUGCUUCUACAUAAGGCCGUCGAACCGGAAGCAGAGAAUUCCGCUGAUUCAUGGGAGAAGAUUCAGCCUGACUUGUCCAAGAAGGUGGACCUCGCCCAGCUGCUGGAAACUGUGCGAAGUCAACUUCAAGUGUCCGAGGAAAAAUACAAUCGAGCAGAAGGCCAACUUACAGAGAUGCGUCGUCGACACGGGGAGGAGAUGAAGGAUCUUGAUGCCCGUCACUCCUCAUCCAAACGUGCGUUGCUGGAAGAAAUUGAUCAGAACCAAGUCGCUGGAAAUCGCACCCCUACUCAUCUCCGGAAGAACUCUGAAAGUGCCAUUGCGAAGAAGCUUGGAACCCCAACAACGCCCAAUCGCCGACUAAACUUGAACGACAACACAAAUGAUUCCGCGCGAUCAGACAAAACGGUAGAUACAGUGGGCUACCAAAAGCGCAUGGACCUGGCAGGCGAGAUUGAGGAGCUCCAAAACAAACUCCAAAUGAGCGAGAUGCAGAACAAGCAUCUCCAAGGCCAGCUCGACCGGUCUGCUCCGCGGGACAUAUGGCAGGAUGAAAGCCCCUCGGUUAGGCGCAUGCAACUUCUAGAGCGAGAGAAUGGCCGUCUGCACGACCAACUCGAUGAUUCCUCCAAGAAGGUAUCAGCUUUGGAAAGGAGCAUUCGCUCUGGGGAGCUGUCAUUGCGUGAUGUUCAGGCCAAAUCCCACGAAGAGCUCUACGACCUCAUCAACUCUCAAGAGCAGUCCAGGAGGUCAUUGCUUAGAGUACACAAUGAAACUGUCGCGGAAAUCACAGAUGCCAAAGGGCAGUUUGAGAAGCUAAAACGAGCAAAGGCCACCCUUGAGGUUGAACUCCGUGAUGCAUGCUCAGAAGCUCAAGAAUUGCAGGUCGCCAGGGAGCAGGAUGUUGUAAGCAGAAACCAACUUCUUCAAGAAUUUUCCGAUCUGCAAAUUCGUCUCGAUGCGGAAACGUCCAAGUCGGCGGACCUUGGCGCUAGCCUCGGUCUCUAUAAGAGCCGUGCGGACGAGUAUUUCAGCAAGCUCGAGCAAGCAGAGAUCACACUUCUCAAAGCCACCAGAGCGGAGCAAUUCGCCAAGUCUCAGGCUAAAGAGACCGAGGACAGCUGUGCACAGAUCAUGGCCGAGCGCAAAGAGAUGGAGGCAAUGAUAGACGAUCUACAACGACAGACACAGUCAUUUGAAGCUCGAAUGGAGGAUCAAGCCGCUGAACUGCAAGGUGCCCUUCAGGCGAAGCAACGUCUACAAAACGAGCUUGAGGACUACCGGAACCAGCGCGCCAUUGAUAUCGAGGAUAAGGAGACUUCAAUGGAGCAAACAAGGCAGAAAUACCAACGCGAGAUAACCACACUCAACAACGAACUUCAGAUGGAACGUGAGAAGGUUCUUAGCGGCCGAGGGGAGACGUCUCGUCUCCGAGAAGACCUUGAAGACCUUCGCAGCAAGUGGGAUAACGAGGUGCUGAACAGCUCAACAUGGGCUAAAGAAAAGUCGCGCAUGGAGAUUAUGCUGCAGGAUGUGACAACGUCCCGCGAUGAAGCAGCCGCUGCACACAAUGAAGCCCAAUCGAGGGUUGUUUCUCUCUUGUCGCAAGUCAGGAGCCUAAGAACUUCGGUCGAUGACGUGACUGCGGAACGCGAUAUUCUUCUCAAGGAGAAGAAGAUGCUUGAAGCACGGUUGACGGAAGCCGGAGAACGGUUGGAAGACCUCGCCAAGGGUGAAAGCCCGUCCAUGCGUAACGCCGCAAGCAUGGAUCGUGAGUUGUUAGAGCUUAAGGCCAAGCUUGCUCAGCAGGAAGAUGUUUCCCUUGCAGCUGUCGGGAAAAUGAGACGUGCAGAGGCUCUUGCUACUGAAAUGCAGAAGGAGGUGACCGCUGAGAGAGAGUCCAACGCACAGCUCUUCAAGGAUAAGGCCGCCUUGGAGAAGCAGUUGAAGGAAUCACAACUACGGUGUGUCGACCUGGAAACAAAGAGCUACUCCUCGGGUAGCCAGGAUAUCAGAUUCCUUCAUAAGAGAAUCAAGGAGUUGGAAGCCCAUCUCGAGGAACAAGAAGCGAAGAAUAGCUCAGAACAGCGAUCGGUGCGAAACGUUGAUCGUACGGUCAAGGAUCUACAAUCUCAGAUUGAGAGACGCGAGAAGAUGAAUUCUCAGCUCGAAGAGGAUAUUAAUAGAGGUCGCGAGAAGGUUGAGCGCCUUCUCAAGAGCAUCGAUGAACUGCAACAAAGCGAGUCGGACUCUCAGCUCCAGGCCCGCCGAGCAGAGCGAGAGUUACGCGAAGAGCGCGAGAAGUCGCUUAAGCUCGAGCGUGAGUUGAAUGGGUGGAAGGCUCUCAGAGUCGAGCGGGGGGUCGGAAGGAGCCAUGUCACUUUCAGUGAUACUGGAAGCCGGCGAGGAAGCGGCGCUUACACCACUGGCGACCUACCGCAACGCAUGCCCAGCAACACCAAAGGCUUCCUGUAG